CCAGAGAGGCAGGCUUUGAGAUGGGAAGGCAGCUCCCUUGCAUUCUGUUCCCAUUCGGAGGAGACCAGGGGAGCAUCCAGGAGGGCCAGAACUUCCUCUUCCCUCUUUGCCCCUCCUGGCUCGCCUCUUCAGGGGUAACUGAAAUCUCCCGGAACUCCAGCAGCUCCCGUCCAGAUUUCUGCAUUUAGAAAUCGGAAGACUGAGAGGCAGUAAAGCCGAGAUGCCCUGGAAUUGGAAAGGAUGCUAGGGCGGCCGCCCAGGGAUUGGAGAAGUGGACAACUGAUCCGACCGAUAAACACUUGGGCUUGGGGGGGGGGGGGGGCGCGGCGCGGGCAGAGAGAGGAGGCUCGGGCUCCACCGAAUCAAUCUCCUGUCACUUCGGAGACUGGCAAACAGCGAGCUUCCAGGGCCACCGCUAACUGCAGUGCAGCCAGAGAAAGAGGCAACAAAAAUAGCACUCCAGGAUUCUGUGCGUGGGUGAGGUAGAAACCACACACUGGAGCGAAAGCUUCCAGGAUCCGCGGAGAACCCUUGCGGAGCUCUUCGCUGGCGGCGUGCUCGCUGGCUCUGAAAGCCAAACCCGCACUGCAAAAAUGAAAUGUCUGGCCAGUGGGCCCUUUCCGAUGUGGGGCCCGCGGGGCCUUGGCGGGGCCUCGGCAAGCUCUGGGGUCCCCGCACCGGGGUCUGCGGGCAUGACUGCCUGCGUGCGCCCGCAGACGAUGGGGUGGCUGGUCGGGAGCAGCUGUUGGCUCAACAGAGAAUGCACAGCUUGAUCAACUCAGUGGAGGUGAAGUCAGAGGUUCCCGUGGCUCUGGAUCCUGUCUCGCCCCUGGACUUGAGGACGGAUCUCAGAAUGAUGAUGCCCAUGGUGGAUCCCGUGCUGCGGGAGAAGCAGCUUCAGCAGGAGCUUCUCCUCAUCCAGCAGCAGCAGCACCUACAGAAGCAACUGCUUAUUGCCGAGUUCCAGAAGCAGCACGAGAACCUGACCCGACAGCACCAGGCCCAGCUACAGGAGCACAUCAAGGAACUUCUAGCCAUAAAGCAGCAGCAGGAACUUCUGGAGAAGGAACAGAAGUUGGAGCAGCAGAGGCAGGAACAGGAAGUGGAGAGACACCGCCGAGAGCAGCAGCUGCCCCCUCUGCGAGGCAAAGAGAGAGGCCGAGAAAGAGGAGUGGCGAGCACUGAGGUGAAACAGAAGCUUCAGGAGUUCCUGCUGAGCAAGUCGGCCACCAAGGAGUCUCCCAGCAACGGGAAGAGCCAUUCGGCGAGCCGCCACCCCAAGCUCUGGUACACGGCGGCCCAUCAUACCUCCCUAGAUCAAAGCUCACCGCCCUUGAGUGGAACCUCACCGUCCUACAAGUACCCAUUACCUGGAGCACAAGAUGCCAAGGAUGACUUCCCGCUUCGAAAAACCGCCUCAGAGCCUAACUUGAAGGUGCGAUCCCGCUUAAAACAGAAAGUGACAGAGAGGAGAAGCAGCCCCCUACUCAGGCGGAAGGAUGGAAAUGUUGUCACUUCAUUCAAGAAACGAGUGUUUGAGGUGACAGAGUCCUCAGUCAGCAGCAGUUCUCCUGGGUCAGGCCCCAGUUCGCCCAGCAAUGGACCUGCCACCAACAUGGCAGAAAGCAGCGAGACAUUGCUUGUGCCACCUGCUCCGCACCCAGAGCAAAUGGUUUCACAGCAGCGUCUCCUGAUUCAUGAAGAGUCUAUGAAUCUUUUAAGUCUCUAUCCAUCCCCGUCUUUGCCCAACAUAACUCUGGGUCUCCCCGCCGUGCCAUCACAGCUCAGUGCUUCAUCUUCCAUCAAAGACAAACAGAAGUGCGAGGCCCCGGCACUGAGGCCACCAGGAGUUACUUUGCCUGGGCAGUACACAGGAAGCAUCCCAGCAACUUCAAGUCAUCCCCAUGCUGCCCUAGAAGGAAAACCCAAUAGUAGCCAUCAGGCACUCCUACAACACUUGUUACUGAAGGAGCAGAUGAGGCAACAAAAGCUGCUUGUGACUGGUGGGGUUCCGCUCCAUCCCCAGUCCCCUCUGGCAACAAAGGAGAGAGUAUCACCUGGCCUUCGAGGUGCCCACAAGUUGCCUCGCCACAGGCCCCUGAACCGUACCCAGUCUGCCCCUUUGCCCCAGAGCACAUUGGCCCAGCUGGUCAUUCAGCAGCAGCACCAGCAGUUCCUGGAGAAACAGAAACAGUACCAGCAGCAGGUCCAUAUGAACAAAAUGCUUUCCAAGUCCAUUGAGCAGCUGAAACAGCCAGGAAGCCAAUUGGAAGAAUCGGAAGAGGAGCUUCAUGGAGAUCAGCCCAUGCAAGAAGACCGGGCUCCCUCCAGCACCAACAGUGUUCGGAGCGACAGCAGCUUGGGCCCAGAUGAUGGCCAACGGGGUCCCCCUUUGGGACCUGUGAAAAUAAAAGAGGAACCCCUGGACAGUGAUGAUGAUACUCAGCCCCAGGAAAUGGAAUCUGGGGAGCAGGCUGCUUUGGUGCAACAGCCAUUCUUGGAGCCCCAGCCUGGACACACACUCCCCACGUACCAAGCUCAGCUGGCCCCCAUCGGCACAGAAGGCUUUGACAAACACGUCCUCGUCUCCAGGGCCCGCUCUUCCCCUGCUGCCCCGACGCUACCUCACCCAGCCACGGAUCGGACCCUCCAGCGUGUCUCAGAGACGGGCCUAGUGUAUGACGCUCUGAUGCUGAAGCAUCAAUGCAUCUGCGGCCGUUCUGCCCUUCAUCCUGAGCAUGCUGGGAGGAUCCAGAGCAUCUGGUCACGUCUGCAAGAAACUGGGCUCCUGAGCAAAUGCGAGCGGAUCCAAGGUCGAAAAGCAUCUCUAGAAGAAUUGCGCCUGGUCCAUUCAGACCAUCAUUCUCUGCUCUAUGGCACUGAUCCCUUAAGCAGACAGAAGCUGGACCCAAGGAUGCUCCGAGGGGACACGUCUCAGAAGGUCUUCUCCUUGCUGCCUUGUGGUGGACUUGGGGUGGACAGUGACACCAUUUGGAACGAGCUUCACUCGUCUGCUGCUGCACGCAUGGCUGUUGGCUGUGUCAUCGAGCUGGCUUCCAAAGUGGUCUCAGGAGAGCUGAAGAACGGGUUUGCUGUUGUCAGGCCCCCAGGCCAUCAUGCUGAAGAGUCAACAGCCAUGGGGUUCUGCUUUUUUAAUUCGGUGGCCAUUACCGCCAAAUACUUGCAGGAGCAGUUCAAUGUGGCCAAGAUAUUGGUUGUAGACCUGGAUGUUCACCAUGGGAACGGUACCCAGCAGGCUUUUUACGCUGACCCCAGCAUCCUGUACAUUUCCCUCCAUCGCUAUGAUGAAGGCAACUUCUUCCCCGGCAGUGGAGCCCCAAAUGAGGUUGGAAGUGGCCCUGGAGAGGGAUAUAAUGUGAAUAUUGCCUGGACAGGUGGGCUGGACCCCCCCAUGGGAGAUGCGGAGUAUCUUGCAGCAUUCAGAACCGUAGUGAUGCCAAUUGCCAGAGAAUUUGAUCCAGAUAUAGUCCUUGUCUCAGCUGGAUUUGAUGCUGUGGAAGGCCACACCCCUCCAUUGGGGGGGUACAAAGUAACAGCAAAAUGUUUUGGUAAUUUGACAAGUCAACUGAUGCAAGUGGCUAAUGGACACGUGGUGAUGGCUCUGGAGGGAGGACAUGAUCUCACUGCCAUCUGUGAUGCAUCCGAAGCCUGUGUGAACGCUCUUCUUGAAAAUGAGCUGGAUCCUGUCCCAGAAGAUAUUCUGCACCAAACUCCAAAUAGAAAUGCCAUUGCUUCUCUCCAGAAGACCACGGAAAUUCAAAGCAAGUACUGGAAGUCAGUGGAGAGGUAUUCAGGUGGUGCUUUAACUGGUACUGAGGAACAAGAACAAGAAGAAACAGAGACUGUCUCUGCCCUGGCCUCCUUGUCUGUGGAUGUAGACCAGUGCUUUCCAAAGGAAGAUAACAGACCUGCUGGCGAGCCCAUGGAUGAAGAUCCAGCCCUGUGAAGUGCCAAGUCCCCCCCCUGGUAUUUCCUGUGUGUGACAUCAUUGUGUAUCUCCCCACCCCCCGCCCCCGACCCAGCACCCUCAGACGUGUCUUGUCUGCUGCCUGGGUGGCACAGAUCGAAUGGAACAUAAACACUGGGCACAGAGCACACACAGCAGCUUCACUUGUCCUUUGGAUGGACUUGAAAGAUUUCUUCAGUGUAACCACUCUGAUUCUAAAGUUACAGGCAACGGUCCUGGGGAGGGAAGGAUGGGCUCCCACAUGUGGGCUCUGACUGGGCCAUGCGGACGAGAAAUGGGCCCUGGGUGAGCCCACGGACUCAGCACUCUCCACGUUACAGGGCUGGCGAUGGCCAAGCCCAUCCAGGGGGAAGCCCAAAGAACGUUCCUUCAGACAUGUUGAAUUUGUUCCGAUGGUCUAUUUUUUUUUCACAUGGUUUGGAAUUGUGUACAGGAUCUGUUUUCAGCUGUGAGCAAACAAGAUAACAUAUUGUACCUUUGUUUUUACACCCUCGCCAAUUCUGGCAAGUGAGAGGUCAAAAUUUAGGAGGAAGGGGCUGAGGGCAUUUUUAGCUGAACGUUCAGUGCUACCUCCGACAAAGUCCAAAUCCCCAAGGCAACGCGUCUGGGGUAGGGCACAAUUUGGAGUUCUCUUCUUUGAUUAUGCAUGAAAACGAAAAUGUUUUUGGAGCAAGCGAUCUCUGUUUUACCCACAUCCCGCUCGGGUUCUCCCAGAGGGGAGGGCUCUGCUUUCCUGGGUGGGUGGAAGCUUCUUCCCUUUUUAAAGAAUUCCUCUUUCCAUGAAUGGGAGUCCUUUUGAGCCUCUGGUCCACAGAGACUCACAUUUCCUUGGAAAAGGGAACGACUUUUGCUUUGCUCCGAAAGUUUUGCUGAGGCCACAUAUUUCCAGUUGCUUGCGUUUUUGCCCCCAUGAGCACCUCUGUGGCUCAGGUAUCUCUUGGCACCCAUCAGUUUGGUUACAUAUCUAGUUUAAGGUCCCAAACAUUUCACCGUCACGCGUGAGAACCCACAGGUUUUGUAUUGUCGAUGAAACUUGGGAGGAUUUAACUGAGUGUUUUUGUGAUCCUUGAAAUGUGUCGUGGUUAUUGAAGAAACAGAAUUAGCUACUUGAAUUCAUGUUGGUUACUGUUAACUGAGAGCUGUGCCUUUAACCAGUCCUGGACCCUUGACCUUUCCACAUGUUGCCUUAUGGUCAGAAGGUUUAAAGAAAACAAAAUUGGAAAUUUAUUUUCGGAAUUCAAAAUCAACUCAUGUUGUGAAAUGGAGGCUAUUUUUUUUCAAUAUUCUAUUUCCUUGUGCAGCUCAUUCACCCCAAAGACCAGAGGUGAAAUAUUACCAUCCAGGAUCCUUCUUGCAGUAUUUAAUCCUGAGCAUUACUUGGGAAACCUAUUGGUGUUCAUUUUUUUAUAUAUUUUCCUAACUCAAAGGAUAUAUUAAAGCCAUAAGUGAAGAUUGUCAUGCUUUUAUUCAGAAAUCUAAAAGGAACCUUAAUUUAAACAAGGUUUGAGGGAAGGCCAUGCUCUGAAAGAUAUGCAGCAAUGUGGUUUGAGUUAAAGAGGGCUCAAACCUGUAAAUCAAAGAUGAAAGGUUUCACUCAAGGAGAAUUAUAGAACUCUCUUUUGUUAUAUAGUCAGACUCUAUUUUUCAUGUAUUGGUGGCUUUUUUUUUAGGAUUACUAUUUUAAUUUUCAGGACUUUUAUUACAUAUACAAAUACUGCCGGAUACUUGGUUUAACAUCUUAGAAAUCUGAGCCACCCUUUGAAAUGGGCAAUCUGAAAGGGAAUGUAGCUCUCCCUUAGGUAAAAGGGACUUACAUUUGGGGCAAGGGAAGGUUACUAGUGAUUCAUCCUGUUAAUUACGCUUUUGUAAAUUUCCUCCCAAGUUUUCACAGGAAACUCAUGACACUCUUCUUGCUCAUCUGUUGUGCAUCGGUUUCUAGUCAUCGCUUCGAGAAAUGUAUUUUUUAGAUAAUCGAGCAGCUAGGUCUGUGGCUUCAAGGCAUAUUUUCUUCCUAUCGCACUGUCCAGCAACGCUCCAUCAUAUUUCGUUAGAAAUAGCAUUGUGUUGAUUUAAAAUUCAUUUGAAAAUACAAAAUUUGGUGAGCUCCUCCUCCCCCCCCCCCACCAUGCCUUGUAUUUUUACGGCGAAUGGAGCAGGAACAAAUGUUGGCAACCUCCCAGAAAUGAACUGCCUUUUGUGAAUUGCGGCUGCCUUGCUGUAUAUAGGCAAAUCCAAAUCUCUGACAUCCAGUUCCUGGUGCAUUCAUAAAUGGACCAUCCAACCAUCCAUUUGCCCUUUGAGAAGACAUGCAUCGGCUCAGGGUUGAAGGUCUGUUCAGUUGAGGAACGAGCAGAGAAACUCUGCAGAGUAUUAACCGUGGCCGAAUGUGUUUCUGAGCCCAGAGCACCACUGUGUUUUAAUUACACCAUUAAAGGAAUAGUUACCCUGAGGGAAGGAAUGGGGGCUUUUGGAGAAUAUCAGCACUGCUGAAACACACCAGACAUGGUGGAAAGGCCAGUUUCACUUGCUCGUGUGUUCUUCACACAAUUGUACCAUCACUGGUUUUGCUAUUAUUAUUAGUUUCCCUAAGGCGUCUGCUCAGAGUCCUCUGUCCACAUAUGAACUUGACUUCCAUUGUUUUAUCAAUAAUCUGACUCAUCCUUAUGAAUGUUUCUCAGUAUAUGCAGGCAAAUGCCCCCCCCAAACACACACAUGCACACAUACACACGUUGUAACACGCUUACACCGAAAAUAAAAAUCGGGGUUUAAAAAUCAACAGAAGGAGUUGGAGGAAUCAAAACUUGACUUUUUCUUACAGAAACAUUCUAAAGUGCCUGAAUGGCACCAGGAAUAAAAUAUCUUCCACUGACAAAUACUUAAACAAAACCAUUUUUCCAAAGAUGCUGGUCAUUUUCAAUAUGAAUAUCACAUCGAAGGGCAUAGUUCAGAUGAAUGUACGUCCCUCAUGGGAAUAUUGUAACUGCUUUUGUGAUCCCAAUGGAGCUUGAAUAUACAUGUGAGCAUGUAUUGAAAUGGUACGAUUCCUUCAAAGAUGGGGAAAACAGUUUCAGAUGAAUAUUUCUCAUGGAUUUACAGCCAUCAAAAGGAGAGAAGGAGGCCAAAUACUAAGUCAUAGAUCCAGAGAAUACAAAUUCAGAUUUGAAAGAGUCCUUAGAGCUUAUAUAGCAUAAGCCUCCUCCUGUCUUUUAGAGUGAGAAACUGAGGCCCGAGGUCAAGGAGUGUGUUCAAGGUCACACAGGUAGGAAAUUGCAGAGCCAGAAUUCCCCUGUAGGGCUGCUAACACCAAAUGGAGCUGAUCUUUUACAGAUUUUUGCCAAGAGUAAUAGGUCACAUUGCCAAUACUCAGGAGCUGAAAUCAAGAUCUCAUUUUUUUCUCUACUCCGCACAUGCUCCCAUUCACAUCUCUAUCAUAUCUAAGAUAGGAUGAGUUUUGGUUUUUAUCUUCAGAUCAUCAAGAGCCUUCAAACUAGACAAUACUUCUUGAAUGAAUGGGUGGACUUGAAUUGAGGUUGUCUUCUGCCACAGAGAGCUCAGGGCCAGAUGGAAGACAUGUUCUUGCUACAUCCACCUCUAUGAGAGCACAGAACUGCUUUUUAUCCAAAGGUGAAUCAUAAAGACUUGUAAACAGAAUUAGGCUUUUGUACAGAAUCCAUAUGUUCACAGAGAAAAGCUCAUGGGACAGAAGUUCUCUUAAUCAGCCCUCUGGUCGUGUUUCAUUGGCACUUGGGACAUUUUGAAAAAUCCUUGAAUAUUUUUUGCCAAUUUCCCUUGGAAAGUUUACAUGCAGGUUGUCAUUAUUUGGGCAUGAUUCGUUUUCUAAAACCCCAGAUGAGAUAACCUGAAAAAUGACUGGAAGAAAGGAGAUUCUCUCUGAACUCAGAAGUCAUCCCUCUUUAGAGGGCCUCAUUGUCCCAGAGAGCAGCAUCUCUCCUUGCAUUCCUAUGCUGCCUAAAGAAUGAAAUCACUCAGCCCUGCAGAGAAUGUGGGUGAAAAAAAAAAGGGAAAGCAAGGGGAGGAACACACCUGUUGAACGGUUUUCAUAAAGAAGGCAUUUUCAUCUCCCAAAGAAAUGGAAACCAGAUGAGCUGUCCUGCCUAUUUGAGAAAUGAAGGUCUUUCAUUGUUGUCAUCAUUAUCAUUAGUGUCAUCAUCAUCCUAUGGCUAUGGAAAUCCCCUAGGGAUCAAUGAUCCCUGAUGAGGGGAUCGUUCUUAUUUCCAUCAGGAUUUCUGAAGAAUGUCAUUGUCCCCAUCACUGUCUUCACCUUUGCCUGGAACACAAUACAACAAAUUGAUGGAGUGCCACACUCUGUGCUACAUGUUGAGAAUAUAAAGACUAAGGAGAAAUAGUCCCUGCCCUCAAGGCACUUAUCUUCCGUUAAACGUAAUUGCCCAUCGUCCUGAAAUGAAUGAAAAAAUAGUGAAAUGUACUUCCCACCAUUCAAGAGCUUACAAUUUCAGUGACCAGAUGUAAAGCUGAAGCAGGGCAUUAUUACCCCUUGACUAAAGACGUGAUGGGGUCAGAGUCAAGGACCAGGGACCAGGGACAGGGAUGAGUCCUGGGAUUUCACUGAGAUAGAGAAAGUCUCCCAUGGUGACUCCCUUGACUCCCUCUACCAAUGUAGGAAGUUAUAUCCUUUGAAAUUUAUUGUCUUAAAGCUUUGGCUAGAGUUCUGAGCAGUUAAGUGGGUCUUAUCUAGGGACCCGUUGUUAAAUAUUCAAAUGUAUAAGAUGUUUUUCUGUACAAAGUGCAAAAGAAGUACUUGAACUUAGCCUUCUAGGAGGUGAAUAUUUAUAAUGGGUAAACUACAAUAAUAGGUGCCUCUACACCCAUGGACAGCAAAGACAAACUAUUAAUGAACACACAAAUAAGAAGGGAGAUGACAUGACAUAGAGAACAAAAGUCUACACAUUUCUAUUCAAUGACAUCUUUUUACAAAUAAAGCAGAAUAGAAGUUAACAGUAAGAAGGGUAUUUUUACAGUGGAAUUUCAGAGAUAUAUCUAUAGGUAUAUAUUGAUCUAUAUCAAUAAACCCGUGUGUGUGUGUGUGUGUGUAUAAUGUACACACAUCUAAACACAUACUCCUACACAUCCAUCUACAUGGAUAUGUAUGGAGAGACAUGAGAGAGUUACACCGCAUGGCAUAGUGAUUGUAUGUCAUUUAACUUUUUACUCCUAUGAACAAUUCUUUAAGACUCUUCAUUCCAGAGAAAGUGCCAACUUUCAUUAGUAAAGGGAUCUUCCUCAUCUGAGAAUACCCUAUAUAAGAUAAAGCAUAGGAUCUCUUCUCUAUCUAAAUCUAAGUGGAAAAUGAUUCCUAAUACAAUCAUAAUACUACAGUGCCUGAAACACAGUAGGCACUUAAUAAGUGUUUAUUGACCAACUGCCAUGAUUUAAAGCUCUAGACCAGUAUGUCAAUGGCUUGGGGGUUCCUGGUAUAGUGUCUCAAUUAAAGUGUUAUCUCCCCCCCCCUCUCUCUCUCUGUCUCUCUCUCUCUCUCCCUGUCUCUCUCUCUCUCUCUCUCUCUCUCUGUCCCCCCCCCCCCUCUCUCUCUCUCUCUCUCUCUCUCUCUCUCUCUCUCUCUCUCCCUCCCUCUCUCUCUCUCCGUUUCUUUCUCUCUCUCUCUCUCUCUCUCUCUCUCUCUCUCUCUCUCUCUCUCUCUCUCUCUCUCUCUCUCUCUCUCUCUCUCUCUCUCUCUCUCUCUCUCUCCCUCCCUUCCUCCCUCUUUCUCUCUCUCUCUCUCUCUCUCUCUCUGAUCAUUCUAUUUAUAUAAUGAGGCCAUUUUGUUAUCUCUGGCCUUGGUUGACCUGGACUAGCCUCAGUAAUGAUCUGUCCUUCACAGCUGCUGAGAAAAACAUGCAUUUCCAACACUUUGCCGAAAACUCUGCAGCCAUGAGCUCAGUUAAGAUGUGCAGAAUGAGUCUGGAAUCAAGGCUUGAUACAUACACCAUUGAGCUAAUACUGCUGAACACAUUCGGGGUUAUUAUUCUUUUUUUUGUGAUACAUUUUUGUAUCUGGAAGCAACCAAUGGAAAAUUCACUGAUGUGCUCCAAAACAUUGCCGAGAAUUGGUAUUUAGUCUAUAGAGUACUGUCAAGUAUAUCUUCUGCAUAGGUUAUUUUUAAAAAUUCUUUUUGUCCUGUAUUUUGUAUCAUCAUUUGACUCCACUAUUGUCCUGGUGUGAAUAAAAGCAAUUUGAAACAAA